AUGACGGCAGUGAGCAGCCAGCCUCUCUCUUUUGGUGGACUGGAGCGAGAGAAGCACAUCCAGAUGGUUUUUAAAGCGUUUCAGAAGCGCUGUGGACCUUCCUGUGAGUUCCAGGCUCCUUCAGCCGCGGCCACAUCCUGCCUCCGCCCUGCUGACGGUGCUCUGGAGGAGCUGCAGGCAGCAGCCGGGCUGCAGGAGCAGAGCCCUCCGGCUGCGGCGCCGUUUCUGUCUGAGCUGGAACCCGUCAGCCGGAUUCAGAUCUUUGCCAAACCGGACCUGCAGGGGCCGCAGUGCGUCUCCAGGAGGACCUACAGCAUCAGCACAGGAAGCAGCGCUCACACCCUCGUGGCUGUAGAAGAGAGCUCUUGUCUUUGUGUGCAGUGUUGCGGUCCGGCUCGGCAGGCUUCCCUGCUGGGCUUCGACCGUCACGGCCAGCAGAUCUUCCUGUUGGAACGGCCGCUCAGGGUGGACGCCUGCUGCUUGGGCUGCUGCCUGAUGGAGAUGAGGGCCUACUCGCCUCAGAGGCGCCUCGUUGGGACGGUACGCCAGAGAUGGAGCAUGUUCACCCCUCUCCUAGAAGUCCUGGACUCAGAAGGAGCGUCCGCACUCAGAAUCCAAGGCUCCUGCUGCCCCUGCAGAUGUUUCUCCAGUCAGACCUUCCAGAUCGUCUCCAGCUUGGGUGAGCAAGUCGGUGCGAUCUGGAAGAAGUGGCCCGGAUUCAGUGAGGAGCAGAACAUGGACCAUGAAUACUUCGGGCUGGAGGUGACUCCCAGCAUCAAGCCCCACAUCAAACUCCUGCUGCUGGCAGCCGCCUUCCUGCUGAACCACAUGUUCUUUGAGAUGAGCUGA